AUGAGCACCAAUUUAACUAGACAAGCCUUGACGGCGUACAGACAUGGCCUGAGGGCUACAAGAGUGGCAUUUAAUGAAGACACAAGAUUACUUCUUGCAGCUAGACAGAAAAUGAGACAAGGAAUGCUAGCACCAGAGAAUCCAGAUAUACCUAUUGAAAAACAGAUUAAACUAAUGGAAGAUGUGGCUCAGUUCCUAAGAAAGAAUAUCGUUCAAGGGAAACGAGUGGAGACGACUUCAAGUAAUGAAAAACCUACAUAUCAUUUGAAUUUGCAUAAAGAUACUGAACUAGGAGAUAAUGAUGAGAUCAAGAACAUUAGUAAAAGAAACACACUGACAUCGGGCGCUACAUCGGGUGGGGGUUGUUGUGGAGGUAGUGGCAAAGCUCACUAA